UGAUAGCGAACGGUAAUCACACGGAAUCGAUCAUGGUUAUGCGAAGAAGUACCGCAGGCGGCGAUCCCGCUUCAACGCUCAACCGGAAAAUCGUUACCCUGCGGCAGGGAAUGGUUAACGGAGUGCGGGAUAAGCUACCAAAUGGAUCGGAGUACUACUACUUCAAGGGAAUUCCGUAUGCUCGGCCUCCUGUUGGCGAGUUGCGGUUCGAAGCCCCGGUUCCGCUGGAUAAGUUCCCAGCAUCAGUGCUGGAUUGCUCUCAGGAGCGCAGCAACUGCCUUGGGAUGAAUCUGCUUACGAGGAAGAUCAGUGGACGGGAGGAUGGGUUGUAUCUGAAUGUGUAUACUCCGGUGUUACCGACGCGAGGCCAAACGGCACCGAAGCUUCCGGUGAUGGUGUUUGUUCAUGGAGGCGGUAUGAUCGGAGGAAGCGGUGACAGUUUGCUGUACAAUCCGAACUACAUGGUCGAAGAAGGCGUGGUGUUCGUUACCAUGAACUACCGAGUGGGCGUGCUCGGGUUGCUGUGCCUACCGGAUGCUGGCAUUUACGGGAAUGGUGAUUUGAAGGAUCAACUAAUGGCGCUCCAAUGGGUCAACGAGAAUAUCGACAAGUUCGGUGGAGAUCCUGCAAAUGUAACUCUGUUCGGUUCCAGUUCUGGGGGAAGCUGCGUAGGACUUCACUGUAUGUCGGAAACAUCAAAGAAGUACUUCCACAAAGCUAUCUUACAGUGUGGCCAUCACAUGUGCGAUUUCACUUAUGGAACUGAAAUGGUGCGUAAGGCUCGGGACCUGGCCAAGCUAUUCGGGUACACAGGAACCUGCGACAAGGAAGCGUUACAAGUGUUGAAAAACGUGUCGGCUGAGCAAUUGGUUGAGAAGCAGUUUGCAGUGCUAUCACCAAGGGAACUGAAGCUGGAAGAAAUCUAUCAUAUUCCGUUUGCUCAUGUCAUUGAACGGCAGGGUUCUAAAGGGGCUGUGCUCACCAAAAAUCCAAUGGAGCUUAUAAGGUCGCCUGGAACCUUCAUUAUGCCAGUGAUUAUCGGAACCAACGACGCAGAAGGAUCCCUAGAGUUGAAGAACAUGCUCCGGCAUCUGGAGGAUUACGAUGCUGAAGUUGAACGUCUUAUUCCGAGAAGUGUAAAAGUGGAUAUUUUAGGUCCAGAAGCCAAACAGGUUGGCGAAGAGAUAAAACAGUCCUUCUUCGAUGGCAAGGCACUAACACAAACCGACAUCCAAGAUAUUUCACUUUAUGUUUCAGAGAAAAACUCAAUCACGUCUUAUAUCCUGUCGUACUUUGGAAGCAUGAUCCAGCAAAACCCAAAGAUCUACCAAUUCUUCUUCGCAUUCGAUGGUGCCUUGAACAACGGGAAGAUCAUUGCGAAACUCCCACAUCUCAAAGGAGCCGGCCACAUGGAUGAGCUGUUUUACAUGUUCAGCUCAUCAACUAUAGCAGAGGUGCCCGAAUCGGACAAAGCCUACCAAAUGCGUAAGACGAUGGUUCGCAUGUGGACCAAUUUUGCCAAAUACUCUGAACCUACACCUGCUUCCGAUUCGUCGCUACAGUUCCGCUGGGAUCCUAUACCUGUGUUGGACCCGAGCGAAGCUCAUGCCUUCAAAUUGGAGUAUCUCAAAAUAGAUCAGGUACCGCAAAUGUCGGCACCCAAUCCGGAACGCUUAUCUCUGUGGCUCCGUCUACACGAGAAAUAUAAUGGCCACAUUACGAAUCUGCCGUAUCCCAUCGAUGACAUGAACGUUCCGGAAGCGACUCUGGAAUGAUUGCGGAAUAAAUUGCUACCCACUUCAAAACGUUUCUGCCGACGGAUGAGUGUCGAACUACUCAAAACGCAAUUAUCGGCUGAUGAUUAAUUCACACCUUCAAUUGACCUGCGAUUAUUGAGUUCAUUAUUUUGCAGCGGUGAGGUGGGUGCUUUUCGCAUUUGUUGGGAACAUUUUCAAUGGAUCAUAAAAUCCAUUAUGCAUGAGACUUUUUGCUUUCGUUGAAGAAACACUCGUUCUGUACUGUAUUGAAAUAAAACAAGCACCCCCAUUUUGGAA